AUGAUUCUGUGUUAAUAUUUGCUCGAUAUUCAAAAAUUAAUAAUUGAAAGAAAUAUUCUCAAACAAAGACACAAAAAAAUAUCAAGGUUGCGUAUGUUAAUUCCUUAAUUAAAUAGAAUUAAAAACUAUUCUGAUAUUCUACAUAUAAAACGAAACUCAUUUAAAGAUUCAAUCAGAGUUGUUAGUAUUAUUAGUCUUAAAGUAGAUUUAAUGAAUUUAUUUACAUUUCGAUUUAAUAUAGACAGUUACUUCAGCAAAUAAAAUAGUUACCCCUAGAAUCCAAGAUUAGAGAAUAUAUUCCAGCACAAAAAAAUGUCCCUAAUCGUUAGACACAACAAAAUAAACUUGAUUAAAUUCAAGACCAGAAUAUUCAAAAACUUAAAUCCUUAUUCUAACAACUAUAAAUAAUAAAUAUUCCGACAAACCCAAUGUCGAAGGAUAUAAAUUUAGAAGUAUUAGCCUGUAAAGUCAUGUAUAAAAUUUGUAGGCAUUUCAGGCUAUUAUUUUAUAUUUUCUCUUUAUUUAUCUUACUAACCUCUAGUGCCAACAUUUACUUGUGAAACACGAAAUAACCUUAUAUGUUUAAUUUACAAAAUUUGUUACUCAGUUUUUAUCACCAAUAAUUAUGGCCAAAGAACUAAGCUAGGUUAAUUCACAUAUAAAAUCUAUUUUUAUUGA